CCCCCCCCGACCCUCUAUCUCUCCUCUUUGAUUUUAUUAAGGUUUUUUCUUAUGUGAUUAAAUUCUGAUGGUAGAAGGGAGUUCUUCUAGGUUAGGUGUAUUUCACAGUUCACUGUGAAAUCUAAUUUUUAAUGCUUAUAAAUAUAUCACUUAUUAUUCUCUUCUCAAGCUGUCUUGUUCCGUCGUCCUUCUCCUCCCUACCUUCCGAUUUCUUUCUCAACUUCUUUCCUUCAUUCCACCCUCAUCUAUUUGAGGGCGUCUGUUUCCGCAACAAGGAGGAAAAUACAAACUAAGAAACUCCCAAAACCCAAUUAUUCUCCGCGAUUCCUUCAAUUAUUCGGUCCUUCUACGGGGACAGAUUGUUCCUUUUUUUUUUUUUUCUUUUUUGUUCCUAACUUGGCAUUUUGGGCCGCCGCAGAAGAUUCCGACCAUAAAGAGAGAUCCGUGUGUUGGGAGACGGGUGCCUCUCCUUUGCCUGCCGAAUUCUACGGUGGAAGAGGCGGAGAUUAAGGAAGAGAUCCCGAUUCCACCGGCGGUCUACUCCUCCGGCUCGACGUACCUUCUUCAGCCUCCGAGUCAGCCGUCACCGGCGCAAUUUAAGGAAAGAUUCGCUGUCCCCUUCUCUUCCAUACCCUCCAUAUACUUCAAUUCGUCGUCCCGGAAAAGACAAAAGAUCCGGAGAAGAUGAUGCUAGGGAGGACGAAGAGCCCGGCCGCGGCGAAGGAAUUCAGCCCCGUGAAAAAAUUUCCGGCGGCCGCGGCGGCGGCCGACGAGGCUCACCAGUGGGAGGUCCGGCCCGGCGGGAUGCUGGUCCAGAAGCGGGACCCCGACUCCGCUGCCGCCGCUCCCACCAUCCGAGUCCGCGUCAAGUACGGCGCCGCCUACCACGAGAUCUAUCUCAGCUCCCAAUCCACUUUCGGGGAGUUGAAGAAGCUGCUAUCGGAGAGAUCUGGACUGCAUCCGGAAGACCUGAAGGUGGUGUACAAAGAAAAGGAGAGGGAUUCCAGCGCGUAUCUCGACAUCUCCGGCGUGAAGGAUGGGUCCAAGGUGGUGGUCGUGGAUGACCCCGCCGGCCGGGCCAAGCGCCUGCUAGAGAUGCGCCACCAGGCCAAGAUUGCCAAGGCCUCCAACUCCAUCUCCCAGAUAAGUCUCGAAGUCGACAAACUCGCGUCCCAGGUAUCUGAACUAGAUGCUGUUAUAACCAAAGGUGGAAAGGUUGCUAAGAAAGAUGUGGUGAACCUCAUCGAGCUGCUGAUGAGUCAACUGGUCAAGCUGGAUGGUAUCGUCGCCGAUGGGGAUUUGAAGCACCAGAAGAGAAUGCAGGAGAGGAGAGUGCAAAAGUAUGUGGAGAAGCUGGAUGUGCUCAAGGUGAAGAAUGACACGGUCAAGACGACCAAUGAGCAAAUGCCGGCACAACAGCCGCAGCAGAAGAAGAAGCAGCCACCCUCGCCGGUGGUGACGACGAAAUGGGAGACAUUUGAUUCUCUCUUCUCGCCAACCACCCCGGCGACCGCCACUCCGGCGACAGCCACCACAAAUGCAUCAUCGGUCCCCACCCCAAGGUUCGAUUGGGAGUUGUUUUGAGUAUAGAAAGGAAAAUGGUUAGUGGAAAGUUUUCUUCUGGAAUGGUCAUGGCCGCCCUGCCUGGCAUCAGGUGGGUGGAUAGUUGUCCGAUAUAUGAUUGGGUUUGAUUGGUCUACUUUUUUUCUUCUUUAUUUUUUUUUGUAUUUCUUUUGGUUCUCUUUUUUCUUAGCUAAGCUUCUUCUUCUAUUCUUUUUAUGUGUGUAUAUCUCGAUUUUUGGAAGAAGAGGUCUGGUCCACAGGACGACUCCUAUCAAGGAUGGUCCAUGUGAAAAAUAAAUGGAUUGAUUUAUAGCGAUGGAGGUUUAUUCUCUGUCUUCAAUUA